AUGAUUAUUUUCAACGAUAUUUUCUCCAACGACGAAUUAUUAUCCGAUGCUUACGAUGUCAAGUUAGUUGACGAUGUCAUUUAUGAAGCUGACUGUGCUAUGGUCAGAGUUGGUGGUGACAACAUCGAUAUCGGUGCCAACCCAUCUGCUGAAGGUGGUGACGAAGAUGUUGAAGACGGUACCGAACUUGUCAACAACGUUGUCCACUCUUUCAGAUUGCAACCAACUGCUUUCGACAAGAAGUCUUUCUUAACUUACAUGAAGGGCUACAUGAAGGCUAUCAAGGCUAGAUUACAAGAAUCUGACCCAGAUGCUGUUGCCACUUUCGAAAAGGGUGCUCAAACUUACGCCAAGAAAGUCAUUGGUUCUUUCAAGGACUGGGAAUUCUACACCGGUGAAUCUAUGGACCCAGAUGCCAUGGUCGUCAUGUUGAACUACCGUGAAGAUGGUACUACUCCAUUCGUUGCCAUUUGGAAACAUGGUAUCAGAAAAGAAAAGGUCUAA